GUGGCCGUGACGUUCACCCAGGAAGAGUGGGGGCAGCUGGACCCGGCACAGAGGACCUUGUACCGGUGUCCUGUUCCCGUACUGGAGCUGAUGCAGCAGCUGGAGCACAGGCAGCAGCCGUGGACAGUGAGGCUGGGCUGCGCCCAAGGCACACGGCCAGGUGACAGUGGAAAACCCAAGGCCACAGAACCCGCCGCGUCUGAGCCAGGCUUGUGCCAGGGACCCUGCCUUCAGGGACAGUUGUCGCUCGGAGCCUCAGGGGCCUCUGCAUGGAUGCAAACCCUGGGUCAGGGUGGCCCAUCAGGCAGGCAGGAAAGACUCGUGAGAGUGCAGGCCCUGAGGGAGAAGCUUCCUGGGAGGACAAGCCCUGGCCCUGGAAACUUGGGGACUGAUGACAGCAUGUGCCUCAGGACUGUGGAGGAGCAGGUCCCUGCAGGAGAUGCUGUGCUGCACUGUGCAGCUCGCAGCCCCGGGAAAGACGCCGAGACCAAGGGGGAGGUACAAAACACCUUCAGGUGCAGUGAGUGUGGGAAGGUGUUUAACAAGAAAGGCCUUCUUGCUCGACACGAGAAGAUCCACUCUGGCGUGAAGCCCUACGAGUGCACCGAGUGCGGGAGGACCUUCAUCAAAAGCACACACCUGCUGCAGCACCAGAUGAUCCACACGGGCGAGCGGCCCUAUGAGUGCCUGCAGUGCGGCAAGGCCUUCAACCGCAAGUCCUACCUCACCCAGCACCAGCGCAUCCACAGUGGGGAGAAGCCUUACACGUGCGGCGACGUGAGCCGGCUCUUCCGCUUUGUGACCCGGAAGCUCGGAGAGAGAGUCUUGUAG